AUCUACGUGCGCCAGUAGUUCUGUUUUGCUUCCUUGACGCACAUGACACAAACCAACGUGGCUUUUGCUUUAGACAACAAAUGCCUCAACUGUUAAAUGUAGUAACAUGAUUAUUAAAUAAGUAAAUACAUUAUUUGGUGUAAAUAGAGGCAACAGCGAAACGAGGCGUUUAACACGUGAAUUAACGCGUUUUGUUACCUUGGAUACGAACUGUAACAGUACGCGAGGAAACAUGUUUAAUGAGGACGAAGACUGGAAUGACGAACAAGACGCUCAAAUCUUGAGUAAAACUGUCCUGAACAACACUCAGAAGCCGAGCAGGAGCACAAAUGUCAAGUUCAGAGGUGUUGGUAAAAAGAGCCUGAUGCACACCCUGCAGACUCUGGGAUCCGUCCCAGAGUGGACGAGUGACAUCCAUCAGCAGGACAGUGACAGCGAGACAGAGGCAGCUCCUCCACACAGUAAGAAAAGGAAGAAGAGAAGGAAAAAGAGGAAACCUGCAGAGAAAUCAGAGGAGCAGGGAGAAAAUGGAGAUGUAGAUCAGGCUGACAAGGAGGAGAAACCUGCACCUAAAAAGAGAAAGAAAGACAACAAGUUUGGGACCCAAAAGGCAAAAAACUCAGCUGCAGGCGAGAAGGAAGAAAAAAAAUUCCCAGAAUCGGAACAGGCGGAUGUAAAUAAACCACAAAACGCAGAGAUGGUGAGCAGACAACAGUGGAAGAACAAAAUGAAGAACAAGAGGAAAUGUAAAAAUAAGUAUCGACAGAAUCAGCCUGAAGAGGAAGCAAAGCCUGCAGAUGAAACAGAACCAAAGGAAGACGUCAAAAAAGGUUCACAUAGCAACAACAACUGUAAAAACAUCAGCCAAAUAGCAGCCCAGAAAAAGAAGAAGGAGUUGGAACCUAAACCACAGAAAAAGAAAGAAACUGAAGAAAAGCAGAAAAGAAUAAACUGUGGCAAAGCUGUGAAAAUUGCAUCUGAAUCGUCUGGUGGUGGUUUCAAACAGAAAGCAGAUGAACCUGAAGCAGAGUUGUCCAUCAAAACAGUGAAACCUGAGCUGAGCAAACAGGCUCUUCUGAAAAGGCAGAAGCUGCGUAAGUUGCUCCAGAGCCAGGAAACGAAGCAACAGGAGACUCUUGCGGAGCAGAAAGACGAGCCGGCCGCCCCGGAAGAAGAGGAGAAACCGGCCGGGCCCGCCUCCUUCAGGUCCCGCAUGGAGCAGAGGCUGGAGUCGGCUCGUUUCCGCUACAUCAACGAAGUUCUGUACAGCUCGUCCAGCGGCGAGGCGAAGCGCAUGUUCAAACAGGAUCCGCAGGCCUUCUGGAUUUACCACAAGGGUUACACGGCACAGGUGCAGAGAUGGCCCGCCAAUCCCGUGGACGCCAUCAUCUCUUACAUUCGGCAAAAACCUUCCAAUAUUGUAGUGGCAGACUUCGGCUGUGGCGACUGUAAAAUAGCUCGCAGCGUGAAAAACAAAGUGCACAGCUUCGACCUGGCAGCCACCUGCGAGCUUGUUACAGUCUGUGACAUGGCCAACGUGCCACUCAAAGACGGCUCUGUGGACGUCGCUGUGUUUUGCCUUUCUCUCAUGGGGACCAACCUUGCUGACUUUUUAGCAGAGGCCAAUCGAGUCUUAAAGAUGGGUGGGAUUCUUAAAAUAGCAGAAGUGGCGAGUAGAUUCGACAACGUGAGGAACUUCAUCACUGCGCUGGCAAACCUUGGAUUCAAGAUGACGUCUAAGGAUACAGAAAACACUCAUUUCUACUCAUUUGAAUUUGUGAAGACGAAAAACGCACCAGAGAGCGUCAAGAAAUUUGGACUGCAGUUGAAGCCCUGUUUGUACAAGAAAAGAUGAAGAUGUUAAGAGGACUUUGUUAAAGAUUAUAGGUGCAAAUAUCAGAAUCUCUUUGAUUCAUAGUUUUUUUUUAAUAGUAUUUGUACACUUCUACUGAAAUUUAUCAUAGCUUUGAUACGUUUUUGUUCAUAUUUCAGUGCAGUUGUCAUAAAACACAGAUGCCGGUGUUCGUUUUCCAUCCGCUACAUUGUUUCCUCUGACUAUGCAUUUAAAAUGUGCAUCUCAGGUGGCUGCAAAGCUAAAUGGCAACUAAUAUAAGACAGUUCAUGUAAAUGCAAUGUUUGUUAUUGUGGUGGGAAAAAAUGAGGAAAAGUCUUUAAGUAUAAACCUUUUAAAACAAA